AUGGGGAUGAUCUGCGUGAACCAGAACGAGGAGACCAACCUCACCACGACGAGCACGCCUCGCUGCGUGGCCGACUGGGCGCACACGCAGGAGCAGGUGGUGCACGCAGCCUACCUGCUCGCCGGCCUCGUGCUCAUCGCGCUGCUGUGGACGGCCGCCUCGCGCCGCCAGCGAAAGUCCCUACGCAAGGGCGAGCUCGGCUUCUCGCUCAACUGCCGCCGAUGGGCGCGCACGUCCCGCGCCGCCGCCAUCAUCAACCGACCGGUGCAGUUGCUCGUGUCCUUCGGCAUCCUGGGGCUCACCAUGUCGCGACUCAACUCGUACGACGUGACGGAGUGGUCCUACUACACGGUGCUGGGGCUCUACGCGGUGGCCAUCGUGGACGAUGUGGUGCGCUUCCUCGCGUCGCGGUACAAGCUUCUCUUCUGCUUCUCGCCCCUCACGCUGCUGGAGUUGCUGUGUCUUGCGUCGAACUUUGGCGUGGGCUUUGGGUCCGUCAAGGUCAUUGGAGGCGUGCGGACGCGCACGUACUUGGACUUCUCCGUCAUGCGCCCGGUGUUUAUCUUGCGGAGCUACCUGGAGAUGGAGAGACACGUCCCGAGGUCGACGAAAGGCUGGAUGAUGGUCCGACUUGGCAUCAAGAUCCUACUCAUGAUCAUGGUCGGCGCGUCGAUCAUGUUCUUCUUUGAGACGCUUGGGGAAAUGCCCUUCUUCACCGACAACGGCUUUGCCCACUUGUACAGCUGCAGUGACGGAUCAGUGACAAGGGUCGAGUCUAGCGAGUGCUCGGAUGCAACCUGGUCCGUCAUGUUUGCGUUCUACUUCACUGUUGUGACACUUGGUACGGUCGGCUACGGCGACAACGCACCACAAACAGUACCCAGUCGACUCCUGGCCAUUAUGUUCAUUGUCAUGGGCAUCAUUUUGUUCUCGAUGGAGAUUGACAACCUCAUCAGCUUGUACAAGUUGCGCCAGAUUGGAAACCCUCCGUACACACCCAAGCUCGACUCCAAGCACGUGCUCGUGAUCGGUAAUCCUUCAUUCGCUCAGCUGUCGGCAAUUCUGCGAGAACUAUUCCACGCUGAUCAUCUGAGCGAUACCGACACGCAGCAGCUUCACGCGGUUGUGCUCGGUGAGCGGAAUUCCAAGUUUACGAAGCCGCUUAUCGCGAAGCUGAAGGGGGACCCCAUCUUCGCAUCUCGAGUCACGUACGUCGCCGGCAACGCAACACGAUCAGAAGAUCUGGAACGAUCCUUGGCACGGGAAGCUAGGGCGGUAUUUGUGUUUCCUGACAAGCUCACGGGCGAUGCUGCGACGGAGGACGCCAUGAAUAUCAUGCGUGUGCUCGCAACCAAGCGCUACGUGGGGUCAUCCGUGCGCUUUUUAGUAAUGGUGCUUCGUGCUGAGAACGCUCGGCAUAUGCUGGCUGCUGGCGUGCACCCAGACGACAUUAUCUGUGAAAAUGUCAUCAAAAUGGGGUCUCUAGCUCAGAAUGCGGUCUCGAACGGCAUCUCGACAAUGCUGUCGAACCUUGGAUCCAGUCUCUCCGUUGAUACAAAUAAAUCUAUGGGCGCCGACAUCCUGACGACCGAUGUUGCUGAGAAGGAUCUGCCUGAGCGCAGCUGGAUCAAGGAGUACUACGCGGGCGCAGCAAAAGAGAUGUACCUGAUCCACCUAUCGAAGGCACGUGCCUUUCAAACUGACUGCAGACUGCCGAAAUCUAACUGUUUGCUUAAAUACGCCGGGCUAACCUUUGCUGAAGCCGCAAUAAGGGUUUUCAAAGAAACCUCAGGUACCGUCCUGCUGAUCGGCGUGGAGUCACGUGUGCUGCUGAAUCCGGGAGAAAGUUUGCUCAUGACGGAGUGGAUCCAGUGUUAUUGCAUCGCUGACGAUCUCGAUCAAGUAUUCAACUACAAAAUCUGCCCAAAGGAAGUGACCCGCGAAGACAUGCGGCGCCCAGGCAGCACUUCAACCUUCAUGAACCCCACCGGGGACGUUUAUCAGCCGAUGCUCACUGCUACCAACGAUGAUGAUCUACCCUGUGACGAGCUCAGGAGCUUAACAGCGUACACCGCGUACAUGACCCCAAAUUACGAGUCCAUGAAGCGCCGCAGCCCAGUAAGUUCCCGGGACCGCUCGCUGGAGAGUAUCGCUCUCAAUUUCAGGAAUUGUAAUCGCACCAUUACGAGCGGCAACCCCUACGAGGUUUCUCAAGGUCAAGCUGGAUACCACAGCGGGGAUGUGGCUCGGAAUUCUCUAUCUGCAUCGGUCAACAACACUCUGAAAACACCUCCACUCAAGAUUCUCCUACACCCUGAUCACAUCGUGAUCUGCAGCUUUUUGGGCGAAGAAUCACUCGAAAGCUUGCAGUGGCUCAUCUGGCCUCUCCGCAGCCCGUAUGCUACCAGCCAGCCACCGAUUACCAUCCUAGAUACUGCCGAGCCACCUCCUACGUUGAUGCGGAUGCUGUCUCCUUUCAAAAAUGUGUACUACGUGCGGGGAAGCCCUCUAGUGUACUCAGACUUGCAACGCGCUGGUGCCAAGGCUGCAGCCGCAGUCGUUGUCCUAGGAAAGCGAGCGAAAACCACCAUCAUUUCUGAAUCCGCGCACGAUGCUGAAUUGGAGUCAAGCAUCGCCGAUGCGGAGGCCAUUUUCGCGACGAUGCUUGUGGAACUGAAGAUGGACUUUUCAAAGAUCUUCGCUGUGACGGAGCUCGCUGACGAGGCCAACUCGAAGUUUAUGGGCAUGUCAUUUCAGCUUAACCAGCUCCAAACGAUGCUGAACCUGUGGGAUAGUAUACUGGAGCACGACGCGCCCGAGCAAAAAUCGGAGAAGGAGAUUUUUGGGCUGCCUCUCUACAUGUCCGGCCGGAUCCUCCACCCUGAGCUGUGCGAGAACAUGGUCGUGCAGACGUACUUCAAUCCGUCGAUUCACAAGAUUGUUCGUCAAUUGGUUGGAGGGCCUCGCUGUACAGGCGUGAUUCACACCUUCUCGGUCCCGCGCGCUCUUCGAGCUUGUACGUACGCAGACGUCUUCCACUCAUUCGCUGGGUCUUCGUACUCGGGCAUUUGUAUCGGUAUUUACCGCAUGUCCACUCAAGCAAUGGGGUCAUCGAACCACGUCGAACUCCCCAUUGUCAUCACGACACCGAAGGCCGAUCUCAAAAUUCUGAGCACCGAUCGGUUGUUCAUCUUGAUCGGAGCGCACACGCUGGAGCGAGCGGCGACAAGGAUCCAGAAGCGCUACCGAGAGUACAAGGGGAUUUCCUGA